AUGCUGACCUCUUUACGAUGGUGGCCUUUUCUGAGUCUCUGCCUCUCCCUACAGGAGAUUAACGCCUUUGUCCAGGACUUCCUGUCUGUGGUGGAGCGUUUUCCUGCGAGCGUCUCCAGGCUGCAGGCCUGGGCCCAGAGGGAGCUCCCCUCCAGCAUCCCUGACCUCCAACACUUCUGCAGCACCAAUCAGGACCAGUUCCUGAAACUCAGGAGAGAUCUGGGUCUGGAUGAGCUGCUGAAACGCUGUGAGAACGUGGUGGAGAAGCUACGGCACCCUGAAAAGGACCCCUGCUAUCAAGCCAUGGCCGGCACUUGUCUCUUCACCCACACCGUCUUUGAUAUGCUCCAGAAACACAGCAGAAUAGUUGCAGCUGUGGAGAAACUGGAGCUGUUGUGGCAGCAGGCUUUCAGGAAAGCGCACGUGCAGCUGGAGGUUCUUCAGCUGCGCAGAGACGGGCUGCAGAUUACUGAGAAGAUUGAAAGACUUCAACAAAAGCUCCUACUGUACAGAAUAGAGAUUGCCAAGGAUCGUGCACAGGCAGAGGCACUGCUCUCUGACUUUGAGGCAUCCAUUCACACUCCAGCUAUGGGACUUGUCUGUUGGGCUGAAGAUGUGAUCCACACAUUAGCAGAGAUCCUGCCCCUGGAAGCUCAAAUCAGGGAGGCCUGGGCUCUGGAUCUGGAGCGGCUUGUGGAGAAUCUUCAGUGCACGGCCUUGAGGAAACUCCUAAUGUCCCCUGGACCGGUGUCUGCUGAACUGCUUCAGCUGUCUUUGCAGUGGCAGAAUGAGAAGUUCCACAACCAUCCCGUAUACCACGACUCUCAAAGUGCUGAGAAAGAAACGACCAAGGCUGAAACCCACGACCCUUCUCCGCUUAACCACUCAGAAGGUGAAUGGAGACUGGAAGAAGACCUGCCUGCUUCUCCUGGAAAGGUCUCAGCUGAGGGUAAACCCCCUUCCCUGAGCCCACUGGACUCACGAAGCAGCAAGCUGGAGGUGUGUGUAAGAAAAGAUGGAGGGCAGGGUCUAUUAACGGGAAGCGAGAACUCCAUGACGCAUAACUGGAGGCACCAUCAAAUCUGUCAUGUUUCCUGUAAAUCCGAUUGUAAAGGCCCCAAAGAGCAGAGCAGUAUUCAGCCUGUGGAAAAGUCUGCAGACAUCCAGAUCAGUGGACAGGUGGACACUGUGAAGCUUGAGCUCAAGGUGGCUGGGUUUCCUAGGAAUCCCUGGCUGAGCGUGCCUGUAAAUCAUGUGGAAGAAUCUCAUACUGUCAGCAUUGAAGAGAACUCGGUGGCCCAGAAGAGGGACCUGGUCUGUCCUGAUGCCUCAGAACCACAUGCUCCAGUCAGUCCCUCCACAAGUUAUCAAGAUGAGCCUCCACAGAUGGAUGUCAUGAGAAACCUGGAGUCCAGAGAACCACCGAGCAUGGACUGGACACUAAAUUCCCAAAGUGGCUUCCAUGAUCCUGACCUGAGCCCCAUUUGCAAUAUUCUGUCCAGCACAAUUACAGAUGAAAUGGACGAGUCCACCUCUACCUCUGAGGGGCUUCCUACUCUUCUCUGGGAUUCCUAUGAUCUCCAUGACGAGGAGCCGGACGCCAUUGUUGGUGUGAGGCCUCUGGCUGUAAAGGACUGGGAUGUGAAGGAGCAGCAAGGUCUGCAGGAGGUGGAGAACAUCCUGGGCCGGAUCGAUGAAAUACUGGAGGAGGAGGAAAAUGUAUUGGCUCAGCAGACCGCACUGGAUGACUUGCUGAGGUCAGAGGUCAGGGAUCUCUGGCCGCCGUGGGACACUGAGGACCAUUCUGCAGUGAUGUGGUCUAGUGAGUCUGCUGAUGCCGGGGUCCUUGGCUUUGAGGACUGCUUAUCUGCUGGAGAACCUGGACCGGCUGAGGCCUGUGCAGGGGAACUCUUCAUGGACAAUGCAGCAGGAGGCCAGCCUCGCCGCAGACCAGAGCCAAUGACGGAGUUUAGGAACGUCCCCAUCCUCAAUGAGCUGAUGGUGGAGGAGAGCCUGGAGAGCCUGGAGCUCCAGAAGCUGCAGCUCUGCAGAGAAGGCCACAGCCAUGAAGGCUCAGGGAAGCCACUUUUGGACAAGCAGCCGUUUGUGAAGGAGGAGGAGUGCGAGGCACACGGGUUACUGGGGGGGAAAGAGGAACGGAAGGAGGAGAAAUGUGAAAUGUGUGUGGACAGAAACUCUGUUCUUAAAAACUCCAGUUAUGAAGGUGGAGAUGUCUUGGGAUGCUCUAUAGAGGGCAAUGGGCUGUUCCCACAGAGUGGACACCUCAGACCUUUGGCCAUGAACAAUUCCCAGGAUGGAACCUGCACUGAAACCUGUCGGGAUGCUGGUGAAGCCGACAGAACGAGGAGAUCCACUGGGAACCAGCCAUCUGAAGAGGCUAUCCUACACAACCAGCGUGUUUCAUUGGAUCAGUGUGGAGGACUCGCUGAUUCAUGCAAUAAAGCACCAGCACCAGGAAGCCCUGGUUUGAGGAGAGAUGAAGCCUUUGACCCAGAGGGGACACCACCCGGUCCUCCUGAGCCAAGCAAGUCUUCACACCUGGUGAACAGUAUUGGAGUAGAAGUGAACACCCCUCAUUCCCCUGAAGUGUGUGAUCCAGGCCCAUGCUGUGUUGCUCAGGGUGUCCAUGAGCCAGAGGCCCCCCCUGACCACAGCGAGGACUCUGUCAGUCCAGAGGUUGAACCUUGUAAUGACAACAACAACAACAAUAACCACACACUCCCGUCUCAAAACCUGGCCGGCAGCACCUGUAAAGAAGUGAGACUGUCCCACAGUGGGUCAGCAGGAAUGCAGGCCCCGCCCCAUGGAAACGGGAGAGAGGCUGCAGAUUUUAGGACCCCCAUAGUACUAGAUACAGGCUCUGGUUUGAUGAAGGCUGGAUUUGCAGAUCAGGAGCACCCACAUGUUAUCUUUCCAACCAUUAUUGGAAUGCCAAAAUAUGAGGACCACCCUGUUCUACUGACCGAGGCAGCCAUGAACCCCCUGGAGAACCGGCAGCGCAUGGUGGAGCUGAUGUUUGAGGGCUUCCAUGUUCCCCUGGUCUAUGCGGAGGUGGAGGGCCUGGUCCCGGCGGACACGGGUGUGAGGGUCCGGGUCACCAGCCCCAAGGACAGAGACUUCCUGGUGUGGAGAGGGGGGGCAGUGCUGGCCAGCCUGCCCAGCUUCAGCUCUGCCUGGAUCAGCCAGGAGGAGUAUGAGGAGUUCGGCCCUCAGAUCGUCUUCAGGAGGUGCUUCUGA